AUGGGGAUUGUUGUUAGUGAGGAUCGAAACGCUGGCGCUCCAAACGAGCAGCAGAAGAUCGAUAUGAUCGCUGCUGAAAACGACUAUGGAUUGAUCAUGGCUACUUUUGAUCAAGUCGCUGUUUUCCUCAGUUCAUGGUGGACCUCAUCGUUGGCAGGGCGAAUACAGGUAUUCAAGAGCUACACUUAUGUUCCUCUAUUGGAUAUCAUAAGUCGUGAACGCUCAUCUAUGGGGAUGAUGGGAUUUUAUUUCUCUGGAAUUCCCGCAUGGGCGGUGUCUACUUCUUUAUCUAUCUCUCGGCAUCAUCCACUUGAACGCCUUGUUGCCUCUCUACAGAACAAGUAUCUCAAUGAUGACCCUUGGUCACGCCUUGUGCGGGCCUCGCUCACCAUGUUUCAUUCUGCGGCGAAAGGCACUCUGCUUGUCUUGGCAUUGCAGACAUAUGUAUACUCACUACUGCAAUCCCUGCAUCUAGUCCAACCGUAUUCUCUUCCAGGUAUUCAGUUUCUUUUCCCGAUAGGCAACUUGACCUCAAUGCAUCUUCCGCCUUUGCCCACAGAGCUCUCCUUCAAAACCAUCAUCAACUUUGCGUUGGGGUUAUCUAAGACUCCUUCUCUUCUCGUCUAUCUCUAUGUAUACCUGCGGCCCAUAAUAGAAAUAAGGAUUUAUCGCUUGAUUCGCCGAAGAUUACCGAAGCCGAGCCUUGCGGAUGAACUCUCCAUCAGAGUGGCGUUCGAGAAUGAUCUGAUAGACUGGAUGGUACCAACUCUUGGACGCAGAUCAGAAGAAGAGAAUCGCCGCAGUAAUCUGUCUCUUACAGAGGAUGUGAUGUAUGAAUUGUCUUCCCUCCGGGACUGGAUGUUGUCGUUGGUUCGUCUUAGACCGAGGCGUGCACCUGAAGAGAAGGCGAGUUCGACACUCAGGGACGGACGGAUAGACCACCGACGUCUGAACAUGACAGAGCUGCAGACAGAGCUUAAUUCUUCGCAUUACCGAUCUCGUUUACCACAGGAAGAGACUUCACUACGGACAACCGCUUCUCCUGAGGAACUGGCUCUCCAGGAUCAUGCUGAAGCUGCACAGUCCGGAUCUUCUGGGCUCAAUGUUUCCACACAGCCGCUUGGCCAAGAUGCAGACUAUAACGAAAACAGGGUCCUAUCCGGUGAGGAUGAUCCGAUUUCUCAGUCGCCUGCCGAGUUGAGUACAGGCUUCUCCUUGGAGGCAGCCACACUAGGGAGACCAAGCACCAUUCCUUCUGCUGUAAAUUUAUCCAACCCUUCGGCAGAUACCCAUCGCUCUAUUGAGCACACUCAGAGCCGGCUCAACUCACGAUCCAAUACCCUUUUAUCGCGCCAGUCGUCUCCUGCAACCUCUCCUCCAACCUCGCCACGUGUUCGAGCAUCCUUGAUCCAUCAGAAUUCAGACGUGAUCACCAUGCAGCUGGAAGUCUUGGGAAACCGUAAUGCGCACAACCAGAACCCACAGAAUCCAAGAACUGCCAACGAAAUCGACCGGUCCGACUACAACGGAGAGCCAGCAGACCGUAGGUCAAUCCAGGAUUUCCUGGACAAUCUCCUAGCAAAUCAGGGGCAAAAUCUCACUACGGUAGCUGGUUCGGAAACUGUAGACAGCGAUGGUCUUUCUAAUAUGACCGCCGCGCUGUCUCCUGGAGCCGGAGACAGUGCGUCAAGUAUUCCAUUUCACGAUCAAGGGCACGAUCAGUACACAGUAGCUGAGCAGCCUACACACGAUACACCCGCCACGCAGCCGGUCUCAACACUCGCUAGCAUUUUACCAGACAGCGUGGAAGAGCCAAGCCAGGACGACAAUCUUGAGCCGACCUCGGAAGCGGACGUCCUUCAUGCCAGUGCUUCCGAUGGGGAGCUGCCACCGCCACUAGCAGACGCUCUCGCUUCUGGGGACAUGACAGCCGACGCCUCCUCUGUCCCACACCGCGUCACAAUCCUUUCCUGUCAUCCAGUCGACUCUCUUGCUUCACACAUCGCCUCUAUUGCCACCACUGCGCUCUUCAUCCCCCUCGAGUCAUACUAUUUGCGUUGCCUCGCCUCUUCCUAUCUGUCAUCUGUAGGGUCCCCUCUACGUUCCGACGUCCGUUCCCUCGGUGCAUGGGGUGGAGGUGGCUCCUCCUCUGAUAUAAUGGCAUAUAUGGGCAAGUUGGCCCUCAUGGUGGGCUUGCAAGCCGCGGUGAACGCAAGUGUGUGGGGUGUGAUAUCAGGCGCUGCAAUCAGGAUCGGCAAGCGAUUUUGUGGUUGGGGAAAUUUAUGA